AUGUCUUCUAAUGUACGUGAGUGCUUUCAAUUAAAGUGGGUGUGGCCUCAAAUCAUGUCUAUGUUGAAAUUGGCGUGGUUGUUAAUCCAGUGGGUGUUGUUUUUAAUCAAAGUCAUACUCAAGUGGACAAUCGUGAACGGAAUCCCUACAGUAUUCUGCUUUUUAGUUGACCUUUUCUUAACCUUCACCAGAAAAGAAGAAAAAGAUAUCGAUCGCCCAAACUCUCCACUUACAACUGAAUUACAGAAGAAGUAUUCGGAAGGCUUGAAACCGGUACUUAGAAACUUGGCAAUGAUACAAAACAUGACUACACAUUCGUCUGGUGUUGUUGAAAACCUAUCUAUCAAAGUCAAAUAUCGUCCCUGUAGUAUUCAAGACUCAGUUAUUUCUCAAGACAUUGCCCAAUGGUUACAUCAAAUUUCUUACUACUUGGUUGAGUUGUCAAUAGUUCUAGAUGAGGUUGUGAGUUGCAUUUCAGAUUUAGUAUCAGAUCCAAGCCCCGACUUCAACAAAACCCUCCAAGUGAUUGAGCAGAUUAAUUUCUUGGCUGAAAAAAUAGAUGGUAUACAUGAGCAACAUUCUACGGAAAUCACUCAGGUAUGUUCCCAUUCUCAAAUGUCGAAGUCUAUGGCACAAGACAUAAUGCCGCAUACGAUAUCUGAGGAUGUUUUUAUUUCAUUCUAUGUGCCUUCAAAAAUCAUUGGAACAGAUAUAGUAUACUCCGAUGCCAAAAGGGAAUAUCAUAUUGUUCAAACAUUACUUAAAGAUGCCUACUACGAAUUCAACGCAUCCCGAUUUACAAGAGAAUAUACCGCCACAGCUCUCUGGUUAAUACACUUUUUUAUAAAUGUUGGUCUGUAUGCGUUGAUGUAUAGAGAAUAUGAUCCCACCAGUAUGUAUCCUACUAAUUGAUUCAAAGGUUUAGCAUGUUUACUAUUCCAAUUCCAAAACUAUGAAUUAUGUUUUUAUGUGGUAAAACAAGCGGUAAAUAUGGAUUAUUGUGGAAUUUGGGGGCCACUUAAGAAUCAUAGACAGUAUAUCGCCUUAUUGUUAUUGUCAUCAGUCCUGGUUGGACUCACAAUUAUAACUGCAAUAAAUGUCAUGGCAAUUAUGGGGCUACUGGCUGGUACAUUAUAUGAAAAUUUCAUGUCACUCAUUAUGGAUCCACUGACUGGUUCCUUAUCAAACUAUCUCAAGGAAUUGUGUAGCGUUGAAAACUUAAAGAAAUACUGUCCCUACGUAAUUUCCUUUUUGCAAACUCACAAGAAUAUUUAUCUAAACGUAAUAUUAUUAUUCUUGAUGAAGAAACGAUCCAACAGAAAUGCCAAUCCAAUUGCGACUAAUUCUGCCUCAAAUACUAGACCUCUUACCACUUCACAAUCAAACAAGACCAGGAGUCUCAAGGAACAGAAGCAAUUUGAGAUUUAUGCUUCACGUGCUUUAACGGUUCUAAUAGUCUUAUGUUUAUUAGAUUUGAUGUUUGGUGGGGAAAUUGUUACUUGGGCCACUCCAUUUGUCAGAUGGUUUGCAUUCAGUUGUUGUUGGUCCAUAGCCAAAAGUAUUAACCAAUACAACCAGGAAUCUGACCCCGAGUUUGGUCCAGUACAAAGUCCAAGAAAUGGAUUUAUCGCAGGUUUAGGAUGUAUUAUCACUGUAAUUGCUACCUGUGUGAAAGUAUUGGGGAUUCUCUAG